ACCCCCCCCCCCAUGUUCGAUCUUCAGUUCCUCAGAGAAGUGAAAGUAAGCAAGCCCAGAGGAAUCCGGUCAUUCCUGUUAUCGGCUGCCUUUAUAAGUCAGUGAGCCUCACCCAGCCCAAGCCAGGACGCCAGGAUGUCUCCAAGGAGCCGGGCUUCCCCAGUGCUGCUGCUGCUGCUGCUGCUGGCCCUCCAGAACACCCUGGCCCUCAGGCUCUGCUCCUUCAAUGUGAGGUCCUUUGGGGAAAGCAAGAAGGACAAUGGCAAGGCCAUGGAUGUCAUUGUGAAGGUCAUCAAGCGCUGUGACCUCAUCCUCCUGAUGGAGAUCAAGGACAGCAGCAACAAGGUCUGCCCCAUGCUGAUGGAGAGGCUGAACGGAAAUUCAAGGAGAGGCAUUACAUACAACUAUGUGAUUAGCUCCCGACUUGGAAGAAACACUUACAAAGAACAGUAUGCCUUUCUCUACAAGGAAAAGCUGGUGACGGUGAAGGACAAGUACCUCUACCAUGACUACCAGGAUGGAGACGCAGAUGUGUUUUCCAGGGAGCCCUUUGUGGUUUGGUUCCAGUCCCCGCACACUGCUGUCAAGGACUUUGUGAUCGUUCCCCUGCACUCCACCCCGGACACAUCUGUGAAAGAGAUCGACGAGCUGGCUGAUGUCCACACCGAUGUGCAGCGCCGGUGGGAGACACAGAAUUUCAUUUUCAUGGGUGACUUCAAUGCCGGCUGCAGCUACGUCCCCAAAAAGGCUUGGAAGAACAUUCGCCUGAGAACUGACCCCAGGUUUGUUUGGCUGAUUGGAGACCAAGAAGACACCACAGUCAAGAAGAGCACCAACUGUGCCUACGACAGGAUCGUGCUUCGAGGCCGAGACAUUGUUGACUCUGUGGUUCCCAACUCAAAUGGUGUCUUUGACUUCCAAAAAGCUUAUGGAUUAUCUGAAGAGGAGGCUCUGGAAGUUAGCGACCAUUUUCCAGUUGAAUUCAGACUACAGUCUUCAAGGGCCUUCACCAACAGCAAAAAGUCUGUUCCUUUGAAGAAGAGAAGAAAGGGGAAUCUCUCCUAGAUCCAAGGGCAGCUUUGCUAACCAUUUCUUGCCUCUCAAUAAAUGGCUAUAACAGGUAUGAACUUCUCCUUGCAUGCUCAGGAAAUAUAACUGGUCCAAAUGCUUUCAACUUCCACUUGCAUCAAAUCUGCCUUGAGCCAAAUCAGGAAGAAAAAUCUUCUGUUAUCCCUCCAUGGCCCUGACGCCUGGAGCUAGAGCUGCCGCCACCAUCACCACUGCCACAUGGGAGAUUGCAGGAGCACGAUUAUCGGCUGUCAAUCUUCACAAGGAAAUACUGUUUCUGGGAAAUGAGCAGGAACAACAAGACCCCCGUAACGCUUCAUGACUUGAACCAUUUCCUGUUCUACGACUGCCCCUCCAUGUCUGGAGUCAAGCCACCCUAGGCUCUCACAGAGGUGAAGAAUGAAGAUGAAGGCAUCUUCCCCUGGUUUCCCUGCCUGGGAUCCUCCUCCUCCAGUGCAUCCAGCACAGUCACCACAAUGCUGUACCAUUCCUCAUUUGCACCCCCAGCCCAUAAGCUCUCAGGUCCCCCUUCCCUGGGCAGAGUGAGCUCAAUCUUUGCCUAGCCACCAAAGUGUCGAUUACCUGGCAUCCAUCUUGUGUUGUUUCCCAGCAGGAUGGCUCUUCCCUGCUCGUUCGUGUCCAUCCUCUCUUCUGGUCUUUACUCUGUGUGUUCUACACUACCUCAGAGCCUCAGCAGCUUAAGUGCUCCCACCCCCUGUCCCAUGCCUCCCUUAUAACAUUUACUACCCUGCAUUUGUCACCAGGAAUCCUUAUUGUUAGAUCUCCUGAGGGGGUCCUGGGAGGUCAAAGGUCCCUCUGGCUGACUGGAAAGCAAGGAUUAAAAGAAAAACCCUUUCCUGUAGUCCAGCACCAUGGCACCAUUUUUCCUGUAUUCAAGGUGCCCAUUUCUAUGGAGCUUGUGCUCGCUCGCUCUCCCUCUCUCCCUCCCCACCCCCCCUCUCUGUCUUUCUUCCUCAAAUUUGAACUCAGGGCCUCAUGCUUCCUCGGCAGGUAUGUUACUACUUGUCCCAUACUCCCAGCCCCUAUUUUGUAACUCUUGCUCUCUUCUUCUGAUGCUCUCCCCUCAUUCAAAUAGUACAUGAAUAUGUCUCAGUGCACACGCAGUGCUGAAGAAGGAAGAGAAGAAAGCAUGGCCACGCCGGGCCCAGCCCCUAGUUUGUCUGAGAAGCAGCCCCUCUGCUUCCUCCAAGGGAGCCUGCAUAAAUGAGCGCCAUGUGUAACCUUAAAAAAUACAGAGUGUGGCAUACCACAA